AUGCUUUGGUCACGGCAGUGGCUAUUUACCACUGGCGUGACGUCAGGAAAGAUACAGUUAUUGAUAGUGUUUGACUACGUAGUACGCAGUCUAGGUAAUCUUUGUAUUGACAAGACAAAAUUCCGCUUCCCAAAUAUCUUUUUGGUUUAUGACAUUGUUGCUUUGUUUUCCUAUUUACAAAUAUUUCAUCCACCUGGGAGGUUAUUUCUUGGAAACGGCAACAGUUCCAAGGAUUAUGGAAGUACAUAUCAAAAAGAAACAUUCCCAAGUGAUGCAGUUAUAACAUUCUUUUUUGUGUCUCCUGCUAACUAUAAAAAUGCUAUAUUUGUUGAUUACCACAAUAAAACAUUGCAUAUCACAACUGAUGAAUUAAAAACAACAAAUAAAGUGGUAGUUGAUUUUGAAAUAGAUAAACUUGUUCUACAUCCUACUAUAGCUGAUUGGGUUUUAGCUUAUAGUUUUUUAUCUAGAGAGUUAAGAUAUUCUAAAGACUUUGGCAAGACAUGGAAUCUUCUACAUACAGGAGUGUCUCCAAAAUUUUAUUGGUAUAUCCCUGGUGUAGACACUGAUAAUUCAACAGUUCAUUUAGAAAUCUUAAGUUCCAGUGGAGAUAGUGCCCACUAUAAGAAAUGUGCACUGGAGAAAUGUAGUGCUACAGAUACCACUGAUAGAAAAUUGGGAAGUUUUCAACCAAUAAGCUUACUCAUUAUCAAUCAAUAUGUAUUUGUAGAGAAACUGAAAAAAGAGAAGAGUGAAAUGUAUGUAUCAUAUAAAAGAAAUGAUUUUAAAAAGGCUUAUUUUCCACCAAAUACAUUGCCUAAGCAUUUUUUGAUAAUGAAUGCUGAUGAAGAUCAGGUAUUUGUUGGUGUAACUAAUACUGAUGGUGUAACAUUGUAUUUGUCUGAUACAACAGGACAAUACUAUGUACCUACUUUAACAGACUUACUUUAUGUGGUACGAGGAAUUCCUUGGAUUGAUUUCCAUGAGGUAAAAUCAUUGAAAGGAAUCUAUCUAGCCAAUCAAAGAUCAAUAACAGAAAAUAGUCGAGUUAGAAUAGAAGUAAAAACAUUGAUAUCGUUUGAUAAAGGUGGUAUGUGGUCUGUUAUACCUGUACCUGUAGGGGAAACUUCUAAAUGUAAACAAGCUACAGAUUGUUCCCUACAUCUUCAUCUAGAUUUAGGUAGUUUAGCAGCACCAGGUAUACUAUCAGAAUCGAAAGCUCCUGGAUUAGUAUUAGCUCAUGGUAAUGUUGGUGAUAAGUUAGAUCCAAACAAUACCUAUGUCUAUGUUAGUCGAAAUGGUGGUGUUACUUGGAAAAAUGCUGGGUUACCAAGUGGAAUGUAUAGAUUUAAUAUUUUAGAUCAGGGUAGUAUAUUGACAGCUGUUAAAGAAGCUACAUAUGGUGUCACCAAUAUUAUCUAUUACUCAUAUGAUCAAGGAAAUAAUUGGCAAAAUUUUAAGUUUUCGGACAAAGUGCUACAAGUAGAUGGUGCAUUGAAUGAACCAGAGAUCAACUCCUUAUCUUUAAGUAUUUAUGGUCAUACAUCAGGAACCACAGCAUGGACUUUAGCAACUAUUAAGUUUGAGCAAGUACUACCUAGUAAAUGUAAAAAAGAAGACUAUGAAAUUUGGAUGCCAGGUGAUCAUACGCAGUUUAUUUUAUUAUUUGAAUUAAAACUUUGUUAA